GCAAUCCGAGCGAAAGAAAGGCGACGCGUGUGUCCAUGGGCAUCCCCCACGAAGUAACCUCUCUGUCCCCGCCGGCAUCGAUCCUAUAAAAAUCCGGCCUUCUCCUCGCCGUCUCGCUCGCCGCCAUCAUGGGGGCUGCCGAGGGUGUCCAGCUUAGCCACAUCGCCAGGGAAACCUCGGACUUGAAGCGUCUCGCCGAUUUCUAUCAGGAGGUGCUGGGGUUCGAGAGGAUCGAAGCCCCCAAAUUCGUGGAAUUCGAGGUGAUAUGGCUCCGUAUCCCCUUCAACUCCUCCUUUGCCCUCCAUCUCAUCGAGAGGAAUCCCCAGUCUAAGCUCCCGGUGAGCCCCUACGGCAGCAGCUCAUCGUCCCCUCCGUCCCCCGUCGCCGAUCCCCGUGCUCUCUCCCGGGGCCAUCACCUUGCCUUCUCCGUCUCCAAUUUCGACUCUUUGGUCCGAACCCUCAAGGAAAAAGGGAUUGAGACGUUUGAGGCGACCCAACCCGAUGGUAAGACGAGGCAGGUCUUCUUCUUCGAUCCAGAUGGUAAUGGCUUGGAAGUACAAAGUCGGGAAGCCUCUUAAAUGUACAAUUGGAGCAGAACUUAUACAAAUAAUGAGGAAUCUAUCUUGUUUUGUACUUGCAGUCCUCAACAAGUAAACAAAUACCAUGUUUUCCUGAUUUAUGCACAUUUUGUUUUACAAUUACAUGUUUUCCUCAGCACAGAUGUGCUGAGUAGGAAACAGAGGGUUCAUGUUAGGUCCUCCAGACAACUAGGAUCCACUCAAAAGGUAUCAAAUAUAGCCCUUUCACAAUCUCUGCCAUAGAAUAAGCUGCAAAUCUGAAAAUUACUGUAGACAAGAGAAACAAGCAAAACAGAUUGGUGAAGGCCUUUGGUAAGUGAGUGUUUAUAAAAUAAAUCAAGUAAAUUAAGAAAGUGGACCCAAUGUUUAGUGCUCUUGGUCCAUUUUUUUUAUUA